GAGGGUUUAUGUUGACGUUGGGGGGGAUUAGUGGUCCAGAGGAAACCACCGACCCGAAAUAAAAUAGACAAUGUUUUGGCAUUGAAAUUGGCGCUGUACCGCGGAGUGGCCUGUAAAGCAUCCUGCAGCAUGAGUCAGUUUCGGGCGUUAGCGGCUGUGCUGAGGGGUGGGUGUGUUGGAGGCAGUCAGUGGCUGCGAGUAUGUGGAGGGGGCCCGGCUAGGCACUGGGUUGAUCCCAGGAAAAGCUUCUCAUCCGGGGCUGCGCCUGGUCACUCAUCGGUGGCCAGUAACUCCAGCUAUGUGGAGGAGAUGUACUUUGCCUGGCUGGAGGAUCAUAAAAACGUCCACGAGUCUUGGGACGCAUUGUUUCGUAACAUCCAGGACUCCAGUCCGUCUGGCGAGGUGGGCGAAAGACGUCCCUCCGCUCUGCUCCAGGGCAGAGUGCUGUCCCACUCACCAGAAAUGGCACAGAAAGUGGUGGAGGACCACCUGGCUGUGCACACGCUCAUUAGAGCCUACCAGAUUCGUGGUCACCAUGUUGCGCAGUUAGACCCUCUGGGAAUCUUGGAGGCUGACCUGGACUCCUUUGUUCCCUCCGACCUUAUCACCACCGUUGAUAAAUUAGGUUUCUACAAUCUUGAUGAGUCUGACUUGGAUAUGAGCUUUCAACUGCCGCCCACCACCUUUAUUGGAGGAGCAGACAUCACACUUCCUCUUAAGGAAAUCAUACGCAGAUUAGAGACAUCCUACUGUGGUCACAUAGGGGUUGAAUAUAUGUUCAUUAACAAUGUGGACCAGUGUCAGUGGAUUCGUCAGAAAUUUGAGACUCCGGGAAUCAUGCAGUUCACUGAUGCUGAGAAGAGGACUUUGCUAGCCCGACUGAUCAGAUCCACACGGUUCGAGGACUUCCUGGCCAGAAAGUGGUCGUCAGAGAAACGUUUUGGUCUAGAGGGCUGUGAAGUGCUCAUCCCUGCUCUUAAAACCAUGAUUGACAAGUCGAGCGCUGCUGGCAUUGACAGCGUGAUCAUGGGGAUGCCUCAUCGGGGUCGACUGAAUGUGUUGGCCAAUGUGAUCCGUAAGGACCUUGAUCAGAUCUUUUGUCAGUUUGACCCCAAGUUAGAGCCUGCUGAUGAGGGGUCGGGUGAUGUCAAAUACCACCUCGGCAUGUACCACGAGAGGAUUAACCGUGAGACAGACAAGAACAUUACGCUGUCCCUCAUGGCAAACCCCUCCCACCUGGAGGCAGUGGAUCCAGUGGUUCAGGGCAAGACCAAAGCUGAGCAAUUUUACAGAGGAGACACUCAGGGAAAGAAGGUAAUGUCCAUCUUGAUUCAUGGUGACGCUGCUUUUGCUGGACAAGGAGUUGUGUAUGAGACUUUCCACCUGAGUGAGCUCCCCUCCUACACCACACAUGGUACCAUCCAUGUGGUGGUCAACAACCAGAUUGGCUUCACCACAGACCCUCGAGUGGCCCGCUCCUCCCCCUAUCCCACCGAUGUGGCUCGAGUUGUCAACGCACCCAUCUUCCAUGUGAAUGCCGAUGAUCCCGAGGCUGUCAUGUAUGUCUGCCGGGUGGCUGCAGAGUGGAGAUCCACCUUCAACAAGGAUGUUGUCAUUGACCUGGUUUGUUACCGGCGGUUUGGCCAUAAUGAGAUGGACGAGCCCAUGUUCACCCAACCGCUGAUGUACAAACAGAUCUGUCGUCAGGAGCAAGUGCUGAAAAAGUACUCCAACAAGCUCAUUGUGGAGGGAGUGGUGACACUGCAAGAUUUUGAGGAAGAAGUUUCCAAAUAUGACAAGAUAUGUGAGGAGGCAUACACCAGCUCCAAGGAUGGAAAGAUUUUACACAUUCGACACUGGCUUGACUCCCCCUGGCCAGACUUCUUUACAGCAGAGGGAGAGCCCAAAAGCAUGAGUGGUAUCCCCACAGGACUGCAUGAGGAGGUCCUGCAGCAUAUCAGUCAGAUAGCCAGCUCUGUGCCUCUGGAAGGUUUUCAUAUCCAUCCUGGUGUGUCUCGUAUCCUGCGCAGUCGGGCUGACCUGGUGAAGAAUCGGCAGAUGGACUGGGCUCUAGGAGAGUACAUGGCCUUUGGUUCCCUUCUCAAAGAUGGCAUCCAUGUACGACUCAGCGGGCAAGAUGUAGAGCGGGGCACCUUUAGUCACCGUCAUCAUGUUCUGCAUGACCAAGAGGUGGACAAACAUAUCUGUGUUCCCAUGAACCACCUGUGGGCCAACCAGGCUCCUUACACUGUCUGCAACAGCUCCUUAUCAGAGUAUGGAGUGCUAGGUUUUGAGCUUGGCUUCGCCAUGGCCAGUCCAAAUGCUCUAAUCCUCUGGGAGGCCCAGUUUGGAGACUUUAACAACACAGCCCAGUGUAUCAUUGACCAGUUUAUCAGCCCGGGCCAGGCCAAGUGGGUCCGCAACAAUGGUAUUGUCCUACUGCUGCCACAUGGGAUGGAAGGAAUGGGCCCAGAACAUUCAUCUGCUCGACCUGAACGCUUCCUGCAAAUGAGCAAAGAUGAUCCCGAUCACUUUCCUGAGUUCAAUGGAGAUUUUGAGGUCCAGCAGCUGUACGAAUGUAACUGGAUUGUGGUCAACUGCUCCACACCUGCUAACUACUGUCAUGUGCUCCGGCGGCAGAUUCUGCUGCCAUUCAGAAAACCGCUGAUCAUUUUCACUCCAAAGUCUCUGCUGAGGCACCCUGAUGCAAGGUCCAGUUUUGAUGAUCUCGCAGAAGGCACUACAUUCAAGAGGUUGAUUCCAGACGAGGGCCCUGCAAGUCAAAACCCAGCCCAAGUGAAGAGAGUGAUCUUCUGCACUGGCAAAGUCUACUAUGAACUGGCUAGAGAGAGGAAACGGCAAAAACUGGAAAGAGACAUCGCCAUCAUUAGACUUGAGCAGAUCUCUCCGUUCCCAUUUGACCUGGUCAGAGCGGAAACAGAGAGAUAUGGCAACGCUGAGCUGGUCUGGUGUCAGGAGGAGCACAAGAACAUGGGUUACUGUGAUUACGUCCGGCCGCGUUUCUAUACAGUAGUGGCCAACCAGAAGCCCAUUUGGUAUGUGGGACGGGACCCUGCAGCUGCUCCUGCGACAGGGAACAAGUCCACCCACCUCAAUGAGCUGAGGAGGUUCAUGGACACAGCUUUCAACCUGAACGCCUUCCACAGGAAGGACUUGUAAUUGAGAACUGGAGCAAGAACCAGACUGGAGGUGCAGUUUCAUCUCCAACCAUCAGGGUCUUCUUAAUAAGUCUUGAUGUGGUAAAUUGGCACAUUUUAAAACUCUUUUAGUUUUGUGAAAAUCUGGAGUAUAGCCUAGUGUUUUUAGUAAACGUAAUUUAUCCCCUGAUAUUCUUAUGUGAAGUCAGCAAUGCAAACUUACUUAUGCUUGAAUCAGACUCAACAACAGUAUGAGGCAGUCAGAUAUGUCAUUAAGUGAUCAUUGUUAAACUCAACCAAUCAUAGCUUGCAUUCUUUUUGCGACCUGCAACAACUAUGAUGUAAGAGGCAUUAUGAAGCCCAACUAGGCGUGAGAAGACAAAAAAAACAAUUGGUUGCACUAUUCUUAUACUAUCCUAAAUGCGGCUUUUCAUUGUGACACGGGAUAGAAAAAUUGUGGGACAAAUUGUUGUGCCAUGGGCAUACCCCAUGUCAAGUGGAAUCAAGUCAUUCUUAUUUACUGUGUAUAGUCCCAAAUCACCCUUUACCCUUAUACCCUCCAUUUGGAUAAGGAAAACCACUACAUAACACCAACACCUCAUCUUUGGGAUCAAGAUAUUUACAGGCCGAUAUCAUGUAUCUGAUUCAAGCUUUACAGAAUCUGCACUUUAUUCAAUCAACGCUAUUCAACACAAGGCCUUUAUGAGUGCUAUAACUGAAUAAGUACUGUGUGUGUAUACACCACAAUGUCUCGUCUGAAGAGAACCAGACACAAAGAUGCUCAGCCUCUAAACUGUGCUACACCUCCCAAAACCUUUAUUUCAAAAUAAAAUAUUACACAAACAUUAAGUCACACAAUUGUCAACUAGUUGUGUGGCAAAGUAGCAACAGUACAAUCUUUGUACCCUUAAUAACAUGCACACACCAUUUAGAUUUGUGACAAUCCCUGUUGUUGGAAUAGUAGUUUUAGUAUUGAAAAUACCUCCAUUGCUGCCAUGCUGAUGAAUACUGCUAUAUUUUAGUAGUAUAGUUUUGUAUUUGUAUUGAUUUUUGUAGAUGAAUAGCAGAAGUUACGAGACGCACAGAACACCAACUGGUGUAUUUAAACAAUGAAUGUGAAAUACAUAUUGCAGGUAUGACGAUUGUUUGGAAAGUUAACACAUCAGUAGGUUUAUUUGCUUUGGCUACCUUAGCUGUUAGUAAAGGAGUGUGUAUUUAUUGUCACACUUCACUUCACCAGGAGACAUGAGCCAGCUGGCACAGAGACUUGCAGCCAUGUUUUCUACUUAGGACAUAAGGCUCAGCUUCCUCUUUGGAGGCUGAGGGAUGCGCACACACAUAAACAUAGCAAAGCUUUGGAUGCUUUGAGAGCAGUAUCAUCUCUUGGUUAUCACAAUAAAAUCCCCAGGUAUUUAACAGAAUUAUUUACCACUGUGCUUAGAAAUGUUAUAGAAAAUUAGGCUUCCAGUUUAGCCAUACUGUAGAUUACCUUUUCGGCUGGGAGAUAAAUUAAAAAUAAAUGAAUGUGUUAGUUUUUUAAAGAAAGAAAUAUGUCCACAUAUUACUGUGGGUAUUGAGACAUAUGCACACAACCCCAGGAAUAAUAAAAUAUGGAAUAAAAUUAUUUAAGUUUGAUAACA